GAAGAAAAAAUGUAUUUUGAAAGCAUUAGUUGCUAAAUACAUUUUUUUCAUUCUAGCACUAGCACUAUAGUUAAUAAUAUUGCCUGUUACUACUAAAGUCCCUAUGAUUUGUCAGUUGUGAGAAUAUGUCAUAAAUUGUUUGUUUAUAAUCUAUAGGUUUUAAAAUCAUGAGAUUUUUAAAAACAGAUAUUUUAGAAGUGAAAGCAAUAUGAUCUUCUAACAAUUAGUGUUUAGACUUGAUAUGUUGAUCAAUCCUGUGAACUCUUUAGAACUGUCCAUAUUUCUGUACUGCUGUGUGAGCUACAAUGUAAUAAUUUAAGUCCUAGUAACAUGAAAAGAUUCUGGUUAAAAAACACUACACCAUAGAAUGUCCUGGGUUAUGACUUUAUUGAAACAGCCAAUAUUCACAAUCUUUCUUGGAAAUAAAUGAAGAUUUAGUAAUAGUUGGCAACUCCUUUAAGUAAUAAGAACUUCAGUCAAAUGUACCUACUGAUACAUUGGCUUGGAAUUAUUUUGGCCUUAAAAUUUUUUGUUAGGGUUUGACAAUUCAAUUCUAAGUAGCCAUCUUAAUGCAAUUUUCAUUAUUUUACAAAACCAGUUCUGCAUUUCCUUAAGGAUGUUUACAAAUUUAAUAAAGCUUUGUCCAAAUAACAAAAGGUGUUUCUUUGCCAAUAAAUGUUACGUAUCACGUACAUUUAAUUUUGGAUCCUUUACCUCUAUAAGACUAUUGUAUAAUAUCCAAUACAGGUGUUUAGCAAGAAAUACAGUAUAUAAAUAUAUUUUUCUCAAGCAAACGUGCAGUAGCAAAAGUGCAUAAUUAUUUGGAUAUAAUCUUAUAAAGAGAUGGGAUUAUGAAAAACUACAUUUGAUCAAAUGGCAUCAUUGUAUUAGGUUUGCAAAACGAGUUCCUGAUUUCGUAGUAAGAUUUGUUGUGUAUCUCUACAUACUUCAUUCUAGUUUUAAUAAAUUAUUUGAGAAUACACUGUGAAAUUAUAUGCGUUGUCCAGUAAUAUAUGAGGAGACCGGAAGAAGGGUUUCAAGAAACCUACUGUAAGGUGGGUUCCAUCAUCAGGUCUCAUGAGUUUUGAAAUUGAGGAAUAUAAGAAACCUAUUACACUAAAUGAUAGUAUUUUUAUCCUUUCAUCUCAGUCUUAGAAAAGUAAUCAUUUAUGGAGAAUAAACACUUCCAUUCUGAGAUCUGAAUUGCUUCCUCGGGUGGGUACAAGUUUGGGGGGAAUAGGCCUUACUUGGUCUUUAAAUGUCAUACAGACGGAGUACCCUUCAACCGGUAGGCGGGUUUAGCAAAAUAUAUUUAAAUAACAAUUUAAACACAAUAGAGAUGCUUACUCCCACGGAUUUUUUUUUAAAAAACCUCCCAUUACAUUAAAAUUUAUACAUGCGCGGCAACUUUUGGAAGGACUUUGGGAUCCGCGAGAUUUCUGUUUUUGUACCUUUGAUUUGGGAGCCUUGCUUCAGUAUCUGGCAGCAAGACAUUUAUUCUGCUUGGAAGUGGGAAAGCUACUUAGGAUAUCUCCAGGUCCGCUUGAUUAAUCUCGACAAAUCUAAGCAGCUCCUGUCUGGUUGGGUCUUUGUUAACAAGUCCCCAGGAAAUUCUCCUAAAUCGGCGCCGAUUCUUCCUCCUGCCUGCCCACUGUCCUCCGAGUCUCCCCUCCUGCCUAGGGGUCGGCGGAGAAAGGGAAACGCGGGUCACUUCUUUCCUUGCUCCCCUCCUGCAGGCGGAGCGGAGCGGAGCUCACUAUAGGACACGGCGGCUUUCCUAAGAGCAUACAGACUCGACGGAACCGGAUCAUUCAGGGAUCGAACGGAGAGUUAAAGGCCGAAGACAAGACGCGGCUUUGAAAGCGCUCUGACUUGAGAAAUUUCUCUGCCGAUCAAAUCACGUGGCUUUCACCGACCAAUCCUGUCCAUCACCUCCCUAUUCGCUCGAUAGAACGUGGCGGCGGCCGGUGACGUCACGGGCACCCCGCAAUGGAACGGGGACCUCCCUGAGUGCGUCCCUCCCCCUUCUUCUCUGCCCCCCCCCCCCCCAGGGUCUUUGCUCUCCGUCUCCUGGCUCCGAGGACGCCCAUGCUGUUUCGUUUCGGGGUGAUUCUUCCCGCCCGUCUGGCUGAAGGCGGGACGGUGCUUUGCGUGUCAGGGUCACGGCCGGAGCUGGGUCAAUGGGACCCCAAGCGCGCGCUGACCAUGAAGCCCAGCCGGCCGCUGGCUCCCUUGCCUGCUCAAGAACCAGUCUUGUGGCUCGGCGAGGUGGCGCUGCCCGAGGAAGAGGCCGCGAAUACCUUUUGGUACAAAUUCCUCAGGCGGCUCGAGACCGGAGACGCCGUCUGGGAAGGUAAUGGGCCCCACCAUGAUCGAACCAGCAUUUAUAACCCAUGCAAUUUAGUUGAUGGAGCUUACUGCCUCCCAAUAGGACACUGGAUUGAGGUUUCUGGGCAUACAGAUGAAAUGAAACAUACAACUGAUUUCUAUUUUAAUAUUGCUGGGCAUCAAGCUAUUCAUUGCUCCAGGAUUUUGCCAAAUCUGUGGUUAGGAAGUUGCCCUCGUCAAGUGGAACAUGUGACUAUCAAACUUAAACAUGAGUUGGGCAUUACAGCUAUAAUGAAUUUCCAGACUGAAUGGGACGUGGUUCAGAAUUCCUGGGGAUGCAACCGCUAUCCAGAACCAAUGAGCCCAGAAGUUCUCAUGAAAUUGUACAAAGAGGAAGGCCUUGCUUAUGUCUGGAUGCCAACACCAGACAUGAGUACUGAAGGAAGAGUCCAGAUGCUGCCUCAGGCUGUCUAUCUCCUGCAUGGGCUGCUGGAGAAUGGGCACACUGUCUAUGUUCACUGCAACGCAGGUGUUGGUAGGUCCACUGCUGCCAUUUGCGGCUGGUUAAAAUACGUGCUGGGAUGGAAUUUGAGAAAAGUGCAAUACUUUGUAGCCUCCAGAAGAGCAGCCAUCUACAUUGAUGAAGAAGCUCUGGUCCGUGCAGAGGAGGAUUUCUUCCAGAAAUUUGGGCCGCUCCGUUCCUCAUUCAAGCCCUAGCAGCAGCAGCAGAAGAAGAAAAUGCUAGCAGCAUAGUCAGGCUCAAACUUCUCAGAAAUCGUGGCUUUAACUCCAGAAAUGCUACUACCACUGCCUGAGGAAAUAGUAAAAUGAAAAUGUGGGUGAAUGUGUGUGUAGCAGUCAGGAUACAUAAAGAUUAUGUAGCCAUUUUAGAGAAGGAGAAUUCACACUGAUUACUAUUUGAGAAGGCGACUAAUUUUAAUUUGCCCACUCUUUCGUGUCUAAGCAUUUGGCAGGUCCUGAGUUAGGUAGCUAAGUAGGGUAAGGCCCUCUUAGUGCUUUGAUGAAAGACCUCUGGGGGAAUGUAUCUAAAAGAAAGUGGUAGCCCAUCAUUUCCAUACUGUGCCAUGGAAACGACAUGGACUGCCUGAAGUAAGUUCAUGUUACUGCCUUUCCCAAGCAUUAUUGUUGUUGUUUUUUUACGGAGCUGCACAUACACAUAUGCAAACAUGAUCCUGGGAGCUAGACUAGGAAAGAAACUGCAGCUUUCUGGUUAUGCCUAGGGACGUAUGAAACUUGGUAAACCUCCUAGCCCAGACAGCAGAUAUGAUAGAGAUAUGCAAUGUCUCCAAUGUAGAUUUUUAAAAUCUAGAUUUUUUAUAAGCCUCAGCUUGGCUAACCUUGGAAUCUGGGCAUGGUAGGAGUCGUAGUAUAACAGUUGUGUAAAGGAAAAGAAACAACCCUGUCAUACUUCACAGCAUGGGAUGAGAGCUAAGAUAAUCCAAAAAUCAGAAGGGUUUUGGUACUACAUUUUCCACUUCACAAAUUUUAUUAAAAGGUAUAGGUUUGGGAAGUUGAAUUAUGUUUUGCAGUUGUUAAUCAAUAAGGAACUUGUAAUCUGUCUUACAUGUAUCCUCUAUCUGCAUAGUUAACCUGUCUUCCCCUCUCUUCCCUCCUUUGGCCUCACCCCAAUUUAAAUCCUGUAUCAGUUUAGCCUCUCUGUGCAUUUGAUGAAGUGAGCUGCAAUUCAUGAGAGCUUAUGCCCUUUAAUAAAAUUUAUUUGUCAGAAAAAGUGCUACCAAGCUCUUCCUGAUUGUGUGCUUCAGCAGUAGAAGCUGUCACUAAAUAAUAAAUCAGAAACAUUUUUUCUCACAUAUCCACAUGCACAGGUGUUAGUGUCAGUGGAAUAAACUAUUGUAACCCAGGUGACAAAUUAAGUAUGUGUAGGACCAAAGGCUAUGCAUGGUUUAAAACAAAUGAUUAUGACUUAAAUGGAAAAUAGUUCAACUCAAACAAGAAUACCUAUGGACAUUGUGCAACAAUCUUGAUAAAUUUGUGAAAUCUCAGCUGGAAUAAUUGCCAGUUGCUACCAUCACAUCUAGAAGAAUGUUUAGUUGCUGAUAAUCACCUUACAAAGAAGAUGGCAUAAAAAUUUAAUAAAUAAAUAGUGCAUCUGGGAGGAAAAUCCAGACGCAUUACAGGGUUUAAUAAACAUUCUUCUAUAUAAAUAUUUUUAUUUAUUAACUAUCCAUACAUUGGUUUGUUUAAAACUAUGUAUUUUAUUCUUUAUUUUUUUGUUAAAGUCAUCUUGUAUGGAAAAAUAGCACUGAAUAUGUUUUUAACUGCAUAUUUGACUUUAUUUCUGAAUUUGGAUUUUAGCUAGCAUGUGCCAAUAAAUAUUUGAAACACACAA